AUGGCGAGCCGAGGGAGGAAGAGAAAACAUGGCAAUGAAGACAGGGCACAUGGAGAGCCGCAUCAGAAACACGUGAAGGUACCAGACAAGAAGACGCCUCGUUCUUCGACGGGGGAAUCUGACUAUACACACCUGAAGCGUGGCAAAUAUACUUGGUCCAUUCCAUCUAGCAACAUAUCUUCACUGGAUGCGAAUACAGUGUCGGAGUCUUUGAUUGAUGAUAUCGCUCAUCAUGGCAUUGUUGAGCCAUCUCCGAUAGAGAUGCGCAGACAAAUGGGGAAAAUAGUAGCCUGGAACGAGAUCAAAGAAAAGGUAACAGAGGAGGAGUUCCGCAAGAUCGAUACCGGGACAACCAUCUGGGAGAUCACGGCUGAGAAGACGACGAACGAGAUUGCUACUUACAGGAAUUUCGACUAUGUUCCAACUCCCGAUGGUCUUUAUUGCCUCAAGGGAGCGCCCUGGAUCAUCGAGGUCGUUAACAAAGGGUCGUAG